CCUGCCUCCCCGCGUCUAGCACCGCCUCUUCCGCGUUCACAGCGGAGAGAUCUGCAGGUGGGGUGCGCGCGACCGCUCCCGCGGAGAGUCAGCAGAGAUCUCACGCCAGAUAGGAUGAAGCAGGGGCAGAUGUAGAACCUGCAGGGGCCACUGAAACGCUUCCUGUAGCUGGAAGACUCCAACCUGCUGACGGCAGCAGCGUCUCAUUUGGAAUUUCAAGGUCGCAGAGGACCACAACUCAAAAGUUGGGGAAGCCUGUAGGGGACGGCCCGACUCGAGUGUCUUAGGAACAGUCCUGUGAUUGGGCCCUGGCUCACUGGUCCUCCUGUCCGAGCCCCUGCCUCACUCUCCGGCCCAGUGUCUGGAAGUCUGCCUCACAGAUUCUCCCUUGAAGACGGGGGGCCAGAGAUGGGCAGCAGUGAGCCCCUUUCGGUCGCAGACAGCGAGAAAAGGAAGAAGAAGAAGCGGAGAGCCCGGGCUGCCGACUCCUUGCCGGGGAGGUUUGAAGAUGUGUACAAGCUGACCUCUGAGUUGCUGGGAGAGGGAGCCUAUGCCAAAGUUCAAGGCGCUGUGAGCCUGCAGAGUGGCAAAGAGUACGCUGUCAAAAUCAUCGAAAAGCAAGCAGGGCACAGUCGGAACAGGGUGUUCCGCGAGGUGGAGACGCUGUAUCAGUGUCAAGGAAACAAGAACAUUUUGGAGCUGAUUGAGUUCUUUGAAGACGACACAAGGUUUUACUUGGUCUUUGAGAAAUUGCACGGAGGCUCCAUCCUCGCCCACAUCCAGAAGCGGAAGCACUUCAACGAGCGAGAAGCCAGCCGAGUGGUGCGGGAUGUUGCUGCUGCGCUCGACUUCCUGCAUACCAAAGGCAUUGCCCACCGUGAUCUGAAGCCAGAGAAUAUUUUGUGUGAGUCUCCAGAAAAGGUGUCUCCAGUGAAAAUCUGUGACUUUGACCUGGGCAGUGGGGUGAAACUGAACAACUCCUGCACCCCCAUAACCACACCAGAGCUGACCACUCCAUGCGGCUCUGCAGAAUACAUGGCACCCGAGGUGGUGGAGGUCUUCAGGGACGAGGCCACUUUCUACGACAAGCGCUGCGACCUGUGGAGCCUGGGCGUGGUCCUCUACAUCAUGCUCAGUGGCUGCCCGCCCUUCGUGGGCCACUGUGGGGCCGACUGCGGCUGGGACCGGGGAGAGGUGUGCAGGGUGUGCCAGAACAAGCUGUUUGAGAGCAUCCAGGAGGGCAAGUAUGAGUUUCCUGACAAGGACUGGGCACACAUCUCCAGCGAAGCCAAAGACCUCAUCUCCAAGCUCCUGGUGCGGGACGCCAAGCAGAGACUCAGCGCUGCCCAAGUUCUGCAGCACCCGUGGGUGCAGGGGCAAGCUCCAGAAAGGGGACUCCCCACGCCGCAAGUCCUCCAGAGGAACAGCAGCACCAUGGACCUGACGCUCUUCGCGGCGGAGGCCAUCGCCCUUAACCGCCAGCUGUCCCAGCACGAAGAGAGCCAGCAGGCCGGGGAACCAGAAGCCCUGGCUGAGCGCCUCUGCUCUGUGAAGCUGUCCCCUCCGUCCAAGUCACGCCUGGCCCGCCGACGGGCCCUGACCCAGGCAGGCCGCUGUGGCGCCACGGACCCCUGCCCACCACCCACAGCUCUCUGAGCAACCCCGCAACGCCUGGUAGGACCUCAGCCUGCCCGGGCGUGGCCCUGCUGGAACAUCCCUGAGUAGGCAUGGGGACCUGCUGCAGACUCAGGGCUUCUGGUCCACAAAGGCCCUGAGGGUCCCGCUCGACCCCCCACCUCCCCAGGGUCCUGCAGGGAAAAGCUUUCUCCGAAGGGCUGACUUUGAAAGGAAAGCAAUCACCAUCACUUUGCAUAAUGGCCUGCGGCUGGGCCCACCUGCUCACGGCCUGCGGAUCAGAUCAGAUCCAGCCGGCCCUGGCGGCUUCCUGGGCUGCUGGGGCUAGGGCCUUCGGGGAGCCUGCUCAGAGGCGGCAGACCGAGGUGCCCACGUGGCCCUUCCCUCCCCUGGCCGCUCGUCCACCUUCGUCUGUCCUCCGCCCGUCCUCCCCGUCGCUCCAGCAAAGCCGUGCCCUCAAUUCAGGGAGGAGCGGAGAGAGCCUUCCUCAUCCGGGCGGCCGGCUCGGUCUUCCAGGCUGCAGCACAGAGAAACACAGAAUCUCUCUCUGCCGUGACCGAGAUGUCAUCCUCCUCAUUUGUCAUCCUCCUCCUUGUUUGGGGUUGCUGCUACAGUCAGUAUUAUUUUGUUGUGUUUUUUAACGUUUUAACCACGCUCUGCCAGCAGAGGUGGGAUGUAAGCUCCCACUCCCCGCACGCCCAUGGGCUCCUGCAGCUCCAGCAGCCGCUGCCCUCCGGAGCGCCGUGCGUGCGUCGAGGUUUUAAUGAGCUGUUCCCUUUUAGAACACUGGUUUUAAGCUGUUACUCUGACGAGCUGCUGCCCUGCCCUCAGGUCCGGUAGGGAGGGCGGCGGAGGGGCGGCCCCAGCUCUGCCCUGAGCUACAGCCCCUCCGCCCUGGUCCCUCCAGAGAGGGAAGGUGGAGCCCUUGCCUCGUAGCCGAGCUGUUGAGUUGCAGAAAGCAAACAGACCUGCAUAUGUCGCUCGUUUACGACACCGUGAUGCUAUAUUGUUCAUUGUGCUUGUUGUAAUAAAAUGUUUUAAAUUCUGGCUGUGGCGUCUUGGAUGGUCCGUCUCCUCACCUGCAGACCUGAGGAGGAGCUGGGCCGAGUCCAGCCAGGCGGGGGGAACGUGCACCUUGUCGGGAUGAAAUUCACCAAACGCUUACCAAUCGCUUCUUCCCUGCCAGGACCUAGAGCGGAGUUGGAAACGGCUCACUUCACAGAGGGCUUUGGUAGAGGGCCUCACGCAGGAGCACAUUUCCCUCUGCCUGUGGCACCACCAAGCCUCUGCCGAGGACCACUCCAGUGCCUGCGACUGCACUUGUCCUGCCAGAUUUGGCAACAACAAGAACAAUGGUGCCAGAGCCAGCACUCUAGCACAGCUGGUUAAGCCAGAGCCUGCAGCACCGGCAUCCCAUAUGGGCACCGGUUCAAGUCCCAGCUGCUCGGCUUCCGAUCCAGCUCCCUGCUAAUGAGCCUGGGGAAGCAGCGGAGGAUGGUCCAAGUCCUUGGACCUCUGCA